GCGUGUGUUUGCAUGCGCUCAUUGAAUUGGAUAUGCUGCUAUCGUUAGGGGUGGUGAUUGGCGUUUUAUAUAUUGCUGACAACCGCUUUUGUCCGUCGUCGCCGUCCUGACUUGACCCAGCCUGCUUACUCGGCCAGCCCGAUAAUGGCCCGCAGAGCGAUUGACGUGGGCCAUAAGGUGCCAAAGACGCGCUUCUUGGCCUGUACUGAACGUCGAUAUCCGACGAUGCGGUCGAGUAUAAGAGCGCAAGAGUUUCCCAGCCAGCUGUUGCAGGGCAAGUGCUCAAGAGCGGCCGGUCGAUCAGAGAUAGACACCUGGGCCUGCACAGCACUCUCCGACGUCAACAUAGCCGAUGCCAGCGGCUUUGAUCAGUGUCCGUCUCCGCUUGGGACCGACUACCGAGACCAGCGUCUCCGCAAUGCUGAGCUUGAGCGAGACGUGCAGGAGCUCCGCGAAAAGGUCGACGAAGAAGUGCAUAAGCGUCGGGUCGUCGACUUUGACCGGGAGCUGGCCAUCGAUGCCUUGAGAGAGAAGACCGAGGAGGUCAGGCAGCGAGACGAGACGAUCGACGCGCAGAACGCUCUGUUGAGUCUGGCCUGGGCUGACGCGCAAGACUUGGCCUCGUCCCACCAGAGCACGCAAGAUGCAUUGCAGCUAUUGAAGGAGUAUAUCGAGGGCAUACUGGCGAGCACGCCGGAUCCGGAGCUCAAUGCGAACAAGAAGCGCAGACAUUGCUCGUGAUGUUCGGCGCUGUCGCUCCAGCUGGGGCGUCCCCGACCCGGAGGGCGGUCCCCGUCUCUGACCGCAGCGGACACGACUUCAGCAGAACAGCUCCGCUCUACAAGAUUCAGGACGUGUAUAAGCUGGGUGGGCAUCUUUUGACGUCGU